UAGGAUUGAAGCAGCCCGUCCGUGUUCGAGUCUAAGUCCAUGUUCGAUCGAGAGGCGCGCGCGAGAGAUAUUUUUGUGCUAGUGGUGCCUCCUCGCUGGACCCACAAUCGAGCCGAACAGGAGAGAAACGGCCCAGAGGGUGCUGGACGAGAAGAAACACAUCAGCAUUAGAGGAGAGCUAGUUUUUCUUAAUGGAAUGGAAUAACACGGCGAGUGGACCCCGUUGAGUUGAUUCGAGUGUUGUGUACGUGCGGGAACGGGAUCGAGUCAUAGUGAGAAACCUCUAGUGCAAGACAAGACGAGCGAUACAUUUUAAAUUAACACCGCGCAUUUAGAGCUCUGUUUGACGGAAGGUAAAUUUUUCACUCAGGAAUUUCGAUGAACACGAGAUCAAUUUUUGGUGUGUGUCUUACGGACGGACCAGCAUGAACUGUUGCAUCCUUGUGACAACUGAGAUAGUACCAAGGCUACAGCAGGACACGUAUUUUGAGUAGCUGACUGAGCUAGUGUGUAACGUUUUUAUCAAAGUAGUUCACGACUUGGACACACACAAUGGACCCCGAUCAAUGGCGGAUGCUGCUGCCACGAAUGAGUGGAGUGUGCUGAAGUGGCCAAUAAGGAAAAGAAAUUGCUCAGGUCACUGCCAGGCCGACUGGGCCUUUUUCAAGUAGUUGGAAAAUUGCAUAAAUUUGGAACUUGCUGGGUGUGAAGUUGUCCCGGUCUGGUCUGAUCGAUAGUGGAGAGAACAAGUAGCCGAACCAACGCAAACAGGAACACAGGCAAGAAACAUAUGAAGAAAAAAAAAACACUGCCCCAAGAGUAGAAGAAAAGUGUGGAAUAUCUUUUCACGAAUGUUUGUAUACCGACCUUCUCAUCCUUGGCUCGGAAGAGUGAACAGCAGUGCGCUCAACACGUAGAAAUUUAUUUAUUUUCAUUUACAAUUACAAACGUGCUCGCGGUGUGUUCUUGUCGGGGGCCUCCCAGUCUUCUUCGUACUCUUUCGGUUCGUGUGUCGUCUUCUCCUGCAUUUCGCUGGCAGUAUUUCCUCUGCGGCGAUGGUUAUUUUUUCCUUCUUUUCAUGAGAAAUAUCUCAUUAUAUUGUUUUAUACAGCUUGGCGCGAGCUUUGCGCAAAGUGAGUGAACGCGUGAAAGGGACGGCCUGCACACGAAAAUGGGCCGCAGUGAGUAAGUGAAGCAGGGAUAGCCUGCUCUGAGCCACCGAAGACCGACCUGUGACGGCUCGGAAGACGACGACAGCAGCUCGCCAGAGAGCAGCGCAAAACAGUGUGGAUGUAAUACAAAGUGAAAUACAAAAAUAUUUUUAUAAUAAAAUAAAGUCAAACAGAGAAAAACGGAGAAAGAGUGCACAGCGAGAAAUGAUCGUGAAGAUCGAAGCAAGCGUGUAAGGAAAGGAGAGAAAAAAAGAGGCUGUAAGAAACGUGAAUUGAGUAUAUGGAGUGAAAAAAAGUACGAGAAAGAAUUUUUUAAGAGGAAAUUUUUGUAGCUGCAAAUAGGAAUUUUAAUCACAAAAUUUUUCGGAUACAUUUUGAUUUUGCGCGUACGAUUAAAACAGAGUAAGAUUAAAGUUAUAUGUAGUAUUCUCGCAUUUCCCCAACUUUCGUGUUUGGUUUUUUUAUUAUUAUUAUUCUGCUUAUAACCAAGCAACCGCUGGACGGCGUGAAUAUUAGCAGUAUUUGAGAAAGCUGUUUGUAAACCGAAACCGCAAUUUUGGGAAAAGAAAAAUUACGUGAGACAGUGGCGGAAUUUGCAGCAAAGUAAUGAAAUCGAGAAAUAGUGCGAGAAAAAAGUAGCAGUGCCAGUAUUCGGAUGUUCACUCCGUUUCGGAAUCACGAGCCGUUUUUCUUGUGCCUAGAAGAUCGAGAAAAAAAAUAGCUCAAGCCGAUCAUGAUGAUGAAGUGUUGAUUUGUUUCGAUUGCGAUGUGCAGCCAGCCCACGGAAAUAGAAAGAAAUAGCGCUAAGCUGGAGGAAGAUAUUUAAAUAAUAAGGAAGUGAAGAUUUCAUUCCAACCGGCCAGCCUCGGUGCCACUCGGGGUGAAAGGAGAAGAGAGAGAUAGAAAGAGAAGAAAGUGCUGCAUCAGCUUUUGUGGAGUGGAGUGGAGUUUCGUUUUGCGCGCCGGGGUCUGCGAACGCUGCUAAGAAUCCCGGCAGGCCUAGGAAGGAAAGCCCACGUCGCACAGAACAGAACAGAACAGGCUUUCGUAGCGGAGAGCAAUAGUAAUAAGCGGGAUUAAGGGAUUAAACGCUUCACUUCAGCAUCGAAAUUAAGAUUACAUACCGUACUGCUCUUCAACACCGCCAAGACGACAUCCCCCGCCAGUUCACGGUCCGCGCGAUGGAACCCGCUCAGUCCGUCCGGCAGCAGCAUCCCCGCUCGGCACAUCAAACCCAGUCCAGUCGGUGAUGUCCACCGGAGCAGCGCCCAGUCAGCUGCCACUAGUCAAUUUGCAUCACCGUCGCCACCAGCGCCAUCGCCACCACGAACAUCGCCUCCGUUAUCAUCACUAUCAGUAUCCACCCUGGCCGAGACAAUGGCAGCGAACAAAAAGAGCUGCUUCCGCUUUCGCCACAGAAAAAUGACCCUUCUGUGGCUGUUACUAAUGAUAUGUGCCUUUGCCGGGGACAGCGGAGGAGGAGAUACGGGAGGUGGAGGAUUCCUAAGGUUUGCUAGUGCGGAACACGUCCGGGAAUUGGAAGUUUCCGAAGGAGUUCCCAUUGGGCAUCAAAUCGGUUUUAUUGGGGAGUUUUUACAUGGAGUCGAUAGUGGGCCGCCUUACUUGAUCGUACCGGUUCCCGGAAGUGCCGUCGAUUCUGAAUUGGCCAUUGACCAUACCACUGGUGAGAUCCGAACCAAGGUCCCUCUGGAUAGGGAAAAACGAGCGUCCUACUCGCUAGUUGCAAUACCGUUGAGUGGAGAAAACGUUCGAGUUGUGAUACGGGUACUGGAUGAGAACGACAAUGCGCCCACAUUUCCUACGGCUCUAAUGAACAUUGAGUUUCCGGAGAACACUCCGCGGGAUGUGAAACGGACGUUGAAUCCGGCGAGAGAUUUGGAUCUGGGACGGUACAACACCCAGCGGUACAACAUCGUGUCGGGGAAUGUGAAUAACGCUUUCCGGUUGUCCUCGCACCGGGAACGAGACGGUGUUCUGUAUUUGGACCUGCAGAUUAAUGGUUUUCUCGAUCGGGAAACUACCCCGGCCUAUAGUCUCGUUGUAGAGGCACUAGAUGGCGGUAAUCCACCGUUGCGAGGCCAAAUGACGGUUAAUAUUACAAUUCAGGAUGUGAACGACAAUCAGCCGAUCUUCAACCAGAGUCGGUAUUUCGCGACGGUACCCGAAAACGCCACGAUCGGUACAACGGUUCUUCAGGUUUACGCAACCGAUCAGGAUGCUAGUGACAAUGGUCUUGUGGAAUAUUCGAUCAAUCGACGGCAAAGUGAUAAGGAUCAGAUGUUUCGGAUAGACCCGAACACGGGUCUGAUUUCUGUUAACAAGCCGCUGGAUUUUGAAACAAAAGAACUUCACGAACUGGUGGUGGUAGCUAAGGAUCGCGGUUUGCAGCCAUUAGAAACUACGGCGUUUGUGUCAAUACGAGUGACUGAUGUGAACGAUAACCAACCGAUCAUAAAUGUGAUAUUUUUGAGUGAUGACGCGACGCCGAAAAUUUCUGAAUCGGCACAACCGGGAGAGUUUGUAGCCCGAAUUUCAGUGAACGAUCCCGACUCGAAGACGGAAUAUUCAAACGUGAACGUGACACUUUCCGGUGGGGAAGGUCACUUUGGGUUGACCACCAGGGAUAACAUUAUAUAUUUGGUGAUUGUGUCGUUGCCGUUGGAUCGUGAAAUUAAACCAAAUUAUACGCUCAGUGUGGUGGCCACGGACACCGGGAAUCCACCGUUGCAUGCAGCGAAAACGAUUUUCCUAACCGUUACGGAUAUCAAUGACAAUGCACCGGAAUUCGAGAAGGAAAUUUACCACGCGAAUGUAAUGGAAGUGGCCGACCCGGGAACGUCGGUUAUUCAAGUGACCGCCCUCGAUAAGGACGAGGGUAACAAUUCGGCGAUCGCGUACUCACUGUUGGACACACCCGACACCCAUUCGCAGUGGUUCCAGAUCGAUUCCAACUCCGGACUGAUAACUACCCGGGCGCACAUUGACUGCGAAACCGAUCCGGUGCCGCAGUUGAUUGUGGUGGCGAAAGAUAAUGGCUUCCCGCCGCUCUCGUCUACCGGCACCGUCCUGGUUACCAUCCACGACGUCAACGAUAACGAGCCGAUCUUCGACCAGAGCUUCUACAACGUCUCGGUAGCGGAGAACGAACCGAAAGGACGCUGCAUUCUGAAGGUAUCCGCUACCGAUCCGGACUGUGGCGUCAAUGCGAUGGUAAAUUACACCCUCGGCGAAGGCUACAAGAAGAUCACCGAGUUCGAGAUACGUUCCAGCACGGGUGAGGUUUGCAUCGCCGCCGAGCUGGACUACGAAACGCGCAAUUCGUACGAAUUCCCAAUCAUUGCCACCGAUCGAGGUGGUCUCAGCACAACGGCAAUGGUUAAAAUUCAGCUAACCGACGUCAACGACAACCGACCGAUGUUCUAUCCCCGGGAGUACAACGUGUCGCUGAGGGAAUCCAUGCCUACCAAUUCGUUGCUUUCGACGCCGGUGGUGGUCGUGGUCGCUACCGAUUCCGACUCCGGUAGUUUCGGUACCAUCAGCUACCGGAUAGUGGCCGGCAACGAGGCAGGGAUCUUUCGCAUGGAUCGCCUCACGGGGGAGAUUUUCGUCGCACGACCGAACAUGUUAUCAAGCCGAAGUCAACCGUACCACCGGUUGAACAUCUCGGCCAGUGACGGCGGAGGGCUACGGUCAACGCAUGACGCCGAGGUGUUCAUCAGUGUGAUUGACGCGACACAGCGACCACCGAUCUUCGAUAAGCCCCGGUACACGUAUUACGUGAAGGAGGAUGUCAAGAAGAAUACGGUUGUGGGCACAGUCUCUGCCACCAGUAGCAAUUCAGGAAGUCGAGGUUCGAUUCGGUACUUUAUCUAUUCCGGCGAUCCUGAUGGUUAUUUUGCGAUCGAUCCAGUCUCGGGUAACAUCCGAGUAGCUAGUACUUUAGAUCACGAAACAAAGCCACAGGUGCUGCUGAACAUACAAGCGACGAGUGGAGAUCCUCCCGCGUACGGUCAUACUCAGGUCAACAUUGACAUCGAAGAUGUGAACGAUAACCCACCGGAAUUCGAGUCCAGCACAGUUCGCAUAUCCGUACCGGAAAAUGUCGAAAUUGGUUCACCUCUGUAUGCUGCAAAUGCCCACGACAAAGACUCCGGAAUGAGUGGUGUGAUCACUUAUCGGCUAAGUAACAACGGCCCUACGACAAGCAGCCUUUUCAGUAUUGACAGUCGUAGCGGACAUCUCAGUUUAGCACGACCGUUAGAUUACGAAACCAUUCAACGACACACGUUGAUUGUAACGGCCGCAGACUCGGGUAUUCCUUCGUUAUCUACCAAUCUUACCAUUCUGGUUGAAGUACAAGACGUAAACGAUAACGCACCCGUUUUCGAGAAAAAUGAUUACCUGAUUAAGGUUUUGGAGUCCACACCCAGUAAUUCACAGAUUCUACAAGUCAACGCGAUUGAUGCGGACACAGGGAACAAUGCACGACUUACCUAUCGUAUUUUGGGAGACGACCAUAAAUCUCGUUCCGGAAAAUCGUCGACAAACGCUUUGGAUGACAGCAUUCCCAAUAUCUUCGGAAUAUUUCCAAACAGUGGAUGGAUCUAUCUUCGGACCAAACUCGAUCGAGAAGUUAAGGAACGAUACAACAUAACCGUGAUUGUCAGUGAUAACGGAGUGCCAACACUAACUGCUACAACUCACGUCAUCGUGACAAUUCUGGACGCGAACGACAACAGUCCGAUCUUUGCCAAACAGCUGUACGAAUUCCAGAUUGAGGAAAAUAUGAGACGAGGAUCCGUAAUUGGUGUCGUUACGGCAAGCGAUGCUGAUGCAGGAAUCAAUGCCGUUGUCCGAUACAGUCUGAUACCGAGCAAUACCAGCUUUCAGAUUAAUCCAGUGUCAGGUGAAAUUACAACACGAGACAGUCUCGAUCGGGAAACGAAGUCCAGCUACGACCUGGUAGUGGAAGCGCGUGACCAAGGAACUCCGUAUCGUAGUUCACGUGUUUCUAUUAAAAUUAAAAUCUUAGAUAUCAACGACAACGCUCCCGAUAUAGUCGAUCCUCAGGAAGAUGUUGUAAGCGUCCGUGAAGAACAGCCUACCGGCACGGAGGUUGUCCGUGUACGUGCGAUCGAUCGCGAUUAUGGAAUCAACGCAUCCAUUACGUACUCCAUCCUGAAGGGGCGAGACUCCGAUGGUCACGGAAUGUUUUCGAUUGAUCCUCUAACGGGACUGAUUCGCACAAAAGCCCCCCUUGAUCACGAAGAAAAAACAAUCUAUCGACUGGCAGUGGCUGCCACAGACAACGGUAAACCACCGAGGCAAACAGUUCGUCUUCUGAGGAUUGAAGUACUGGACCUGAAUGACAACCGACCAACGUUCACAAGUUCCAGUUUGGUCUUCAGGCUUCGAGAAGAUGUCGGCGUGGGUCAUGUAAUCGGAUCCAUCAGUGGUAACGAGCAAUCCGAUUCGGAAAAUUUCAUAGCUAGUACAAAUGAUCUGCACAUAACCUACUCGCUUACUCCGUUGACUAACGAUAUAACCGAAGGGGCCUUCGACAUCGAUCGCAACUCCGGAAAGUUGGUUGUCGCGCGUUCGCUUGACCGCGAACAGCAAAACGAGUAUCGAAUGGAAAUCCGUGCCUUGGAUACCAGUGCAAGCAAUAAUCCACAAAGUUCCGCAGUUACCGUGAAGAUCGAAAUAGCCGAUGUCAAUGAUAAUCCACCUAAAUGGCCCAGUGAUCCUAUCAAUGUCUAUGUUAGCGAAGAUAGUUCCGUAGGAUCGAUUGUGUUCAACUUUACCGCCACGGAUGCUGAUUCCGGGACAAACUCGGAAAUUAAAUACAACCUAUCCAAAUCAACCGCGUCUCAAAAGGAAUAUUUCUCAAUCGAUUCACUGACCGGAUCACUAACGUUACUAGCUCCUUUGGAUUACGAAGAUACCAAGGAGUACCUUUUGAUCGUACAAGCAACGGAUCAAUCCUCUAACGUAACUGAAAGAAUGACGACAUCGGCAACGGCAAGGAUCAUGGUUACCGAUGUAAAUGAUAACUCUCCGAUGUUCGUUGUCCCGCAAGCCCAAGACGCAACGGUGUACAUCAGCGAUUCCUUAGAAGUGAAUCAAAUUGUGUCGCAUGUAGUAGCAACUGAUCGCGACAGUGGUGAGAAUGGUCGCAUCCUGUAUAGAAUCAUCAGUGGAAAUGACGAUGAACGAUUCGCUAUUGACCCCGACACUGGAUUUAUUAGGAUGGCCAAAGCAUUCAGUAGUAACUUCAUUGCAGAAAGUCUAAAGAAUACGGUCACCGGAAGAUACAAUUUGGUGAUUGCCGCAUCGGACCAGGGAAUGCCAAGAUCAAAAGAAGCUAAAAUUACGAUUCAAGUCGUGAUUCAGAAUACAACCAACAACCCUCCUAGGUUUCUGGAAUCUGUUUACCAUGUGAACAUAACGGAAAAUGUUCCAACGGGAAGUUUCGUGGUUCGUGUGUCGGCAAAAUCCUACAACGACAAUGGGAAUGCUAAUCUAACCUACGAAAUACCCAAAGGUACGGGAGAGGAUCACUUUGUGGUUGAUACGGUUCGAGGCAUUGUAACGACCCGUGGAAUAUUCGACCGGGAGUCCAAAGAUAUGUACACGAUCCCAAUCUACGUUACUGAGCAGAAUCGGUUUAAGAGUUCUGCUUCUGGGACGUCAAAAGAUCUCAGUCAGUUCGACGUAGCUACACUGGUCGUACGGAUCACCGAUGUGAACGAUCAUGCACCAGAAUUUCUGCCUGGGUCAUGCUAUCCUUUGGCGGUACCAGAAAAUAACGAUUUUUCCGUUAUACAUACCGUAGUUGCCAGUGACAUCGACGAGGGUUUAAAUGGGGAGAUCACCUACGCAAUAUCUGGCGGAAACAUUGGCAACAAAUUCAGCAUCGACAUAAACACGGGAGCUCUAACGGCUCGGUCCUUGGAUCGCGAGGUGCACGCACGGUAUGUUUUACAAAUCACCGCCCAAGAUCGUGGAUCGCCAACAUCUCACCAGGGACAUUGUAACAUCACGAUUCGUGUGGAGGAUGAGAAUGACAACGACCCGAAGUUUGAACUGCAAAAAUAUAUUGCCACCAUCGAUGAAGAUGCCCAAAUCGGAACGACGGUGCUGACGGUGAAAGCAAUCGACGCGGAUAUCGGAAUCAAUGCGAGAAUCGUCUACUCGCUGGCCAAUGUUACCGAGUGGUUGUUCGAUAUUGACAGCAAGAGUGGAGUGAUCACCACGGCUGGCAAUUUCGAUCGCGAACGGCAAAGCAUCUACAACUUCAUGGUGGUCGCGACCGAUGGCGGUCGUUACAACGCUCGCUUCCAAAGUGUCGCUGUACAGGUGAUCAUUGCUGAUGUGAACGACAACAAGCCGGUAUUCGACAAGUACCCGUUUAAGGAGCAGAUCGGUGCUCUGAUUCAGCCGGGCCAAACUUUGCUGCACAUUUCCGCUUCAGAUUCUGACCAGGGAAGUAACGGAGAGAUCGUCUAUAGUUUGAAUGACAAUCCAAACAACGCAAAGUUUCGUAUAAAUCCAAAUACCGGAGCAUUGACAGCUGUGCAAUCUCUUGCUAGUGAAAAUGGGCGACUGUUGCACAUCGAAGUAACUGCCAGAGAUAAAGGAAAUCCUCCGCAGGUUGCUACUGGUUUGAUAGAGCUUCGGGUUGGUGAUCUUCAGCAGGAACUUCCUGCCUUGCGGUUCCACAAUAACUCAUACAAAGUGAAUCUAGUCGAGAACACUCCGGUUGGACAUACCGUGUUGCAUCUGAACGCGGUUCGAAGUGACGGCAGAAGGCAGAAAAUAAUCUACAGUUUCGGAUCCGGCAAUGAGGAUGGAACGUUCUCAAUCGACGCUGUUACUGGGGAAAUUAAAAUUAGAAACUCCCACAAUUUGGACUAUGAACGGUUCAGUCGAUUGAAAUCGGACGGAAUUGAACUGGUCGCAGUGGCAAGAACAGACGGCAGUCCACUUCUGUACGGAUAUUGCACGAUAAAGGUCGAACUGCAGGACGAGAAUGAUAAUGCUCCUAGAUUUACUCAACAACAGUAUUCGGCUUCGGUAUGGGAAGGGAACAACAAGGGAGCGUUUGUAAUCAAAGUCAGUGCGUUCGACGCUGAUCAAGGAUCGAAUGCUCACAUUUUGUACCACAUCGUGGAUGGCAAUCACGAUAAUGCGUUUAUCAUCGAACCUGCUUUUAGUGGCGUUGUAAAGACAAACAUCGUUCUGGAUCGAGAAAUACGAGACAAAUACAAACUAAAGGUAAUUGCAACCGACGAAGGAGUUCCGCAAAUGACCGGUACGGCAACCAUCAACGUCAACGUAGUAGAUGUUAACGAUAACCAACCGACGUUCCCUCCCAACAGUGUUAUCAGCGUUAGCGAAGCUACCACGGUUGGAUCUGUACUUACCUCGAUAACUGCCAACGAUGUAGACACCAAUCCGCCCCUAACGUACAGCUUCGGAGAUAGCUCGGAUGAUGAUGCCAAGAAUUACUUUUCAAUUGAUCGCUACAGUGGAAAGGUCAUUCUGAUCAAACCACUGGACUACGAAGACCGACACGAGUUCCAACUGAGAAUACUAGCGUCUGAUUCAGCACACGUAGCCAGAACAACUCUAACUGUACGCAUUACCGAUGUCAACGACAAUCCGCCACUGUUCCAGCAAAUAACCUACCAUGCAAUGCUCAACGACGACACAGACAGUCACAGUAACAACAACAACAACAAUAUCGCCAUCAUCUCCGUGAAUGCCACCGAUGCCGAUAGCGAAAACAAUGCUGCCAUCCGUUACGCGAUCAAACCUCCUCCGUUGGGAUUCGCGAUCGAUGAACUUACCGGGCUGCUGUUCGUCAAUAUGAGUCAAGUGCACCGAACGCACAGCGGAACGUUCUAUUUGACUGUCAUUGCAACGGAUUCCGGACAUCCAGCGCUCAGUUCAUCGACAACCGUUAGACUAGAGAUGAAAUAUAAGAGUAAGGCUAAUCCACACUUUAUUCAAAGUCAGUACAGGCUAUCGGUCAAUGAGGAUGCUCCGACCGGGACAGUAAUCACAAAUCUAAUCCCUAAAACAAUUGUCGAUCAGGUGGAUUUAACUUCCAGUAUCGCUUUUGAAAUUAUCGAUGGUAACGAGGAGAGUUUAUUCGAAAUCUCGUAUCCGUCGGGAGCUUUGCUUUUAGUUAAACCACUCGACCGUGAAAAGGUAGACUAUUACGAACUACGAUUGGUCGUUACUGAGCCCGGUUCUCGCUCAAUGUACAAAGGCAUGAACCUGACUUCGGCCAUUCGGGUAACGAUCACAAUCGAGGACGCCAACGAUAAUGCCCCUGAAUUCCAACCUGGUUCCUAUGAAAUAUCCCUCAGUGAAUCUGCUCCGAUCAAGUAUUCAAUAGCUCAGAUCUCGGCAAUCGAUGCCGAUCUACCCAAUUCGCCUAGCUCGGAGGUUGUCUAUCAGAUUGUUUCCGGCAACGAUGGUGGAAUGUUUUCAAUCGAUUUAAUCACUGGUCUUCUAUACAUCAACAACAAUCUGGACUAUGAUCGUGGUCCAGUGCAGUACAAUCUGGUGAUCCGCGCUUGUGACAGCCACGUACUUCCCAGGUGCAGUGUUCAUCCUUUCAUUAUCAAUUUAACCGAUGAAAAUGACAACGAACCACAAUUUCCCGUUCCCGAGUAUCUGGAAUUUGUCGGCGAGAAUGAACCGAUUGGGAUCAGUAUCUUUACGGCUCGUGCUACCGACAUGGAUCGAGGAACGUACGGAAACCUUAAUUACUCAAUUGACAAUGCUCUAACCAGUAGUUAUUCGAACAUCGAUGAUGGUUGGAAGUUGUUCAAGGUGGAUCCAAUCAGCGGAGUGGUCAAUUCCAAUGCCGUGUUUGAUUAUGAAGAAAAGCAUCGGUACUCGUUUACACUGCGAGCGACUGAUUCCGGAGGUAAAUUCAGAACCGUCAAGGUACGAAUUAUGAUCGAAAGCAGAGAUGAGUUUAGUCCACAGUUUACCGAGAGGACGUAUAGAUUUUUGUUGAAAACCCCAGAAACGGGCCAUUUACCGGUUGGAUACGUUGUUGGGCAUGUGACAGCAACGGACCGAGAUCGAGGACCGGAUGGUAGGAUCGUGUAUCAAAUGACGACCCAACAUCCAUAUUUCAAAAUGAACAGAACAACCGGUGCGAUAUUGAUCAAAAAGAAAUUGGAUAAUGCGGCUGCUUCUCUGGAGGCCGGAAGAGAUAUCAGCCUAGUUGUGACGGCCAGUUCUGGUCGGCAAGGUUCACUGACAAACAUGACAGUGGUUGAAAUCUCAAUUGAUUCGUUGGGUCACUCCAGAAAUGACAUUGGUGGGGACUAUGGACAGUCAGAGUCCGUAUCGGCUAGCAAUGGGCUUGCGAAUUGGGCUUUGGGACUAUUGAUCUCGAUCCUGCUGGUUGUAAUCUGCUCGGCAUCUGUUUUCCUGUUUUUGCAUAUGAGAAACCGGCAACAGAAACAGGUUAACAAAAGUGGGUUGAGUACCGAGUCGGUAGGUCAUUCGAAUAACUACGUGGAUCCCAGUGCAUUUGAUACGAUACCAAUUAGAGGUAAUUCGAGUGGUACGAGUGGAGCUGGUCAAUUUGCGCCACCAAAGUACGAUGAGAUUCCACCGUAUGGUGCUAGUUCUAAUUCAGGAGCUGCCACGACCUCAGAGCUUUCCGGCUCCGAACAGUCCGGAUCCAGUGGACGAGGAUCAGCCGAAGACGAUGGUGAAGAUGAAGAAAUCCGAAUGAUCAACGAAGGUGGUCCGAUGCAGCGGGAUGCGCUGCAACUAGAUGGUAGGAUAUCGGAUGUAUCUGUACAGAAUACGCAGGAAUAUUUAGCUAGGCUAGGAAUUGUAGAUAACGCUACUACUGGAAAUGCAUCUAAUUCAUCUAGACGGUGUUCUGAGAGUAUAGGACUGGGAAGCUCGAAGGAUGCUAUGCUUCACCAUACGCUACCCAUAGAUACUUUGCAUAUGUUCGACGACGAACACCGGGAGUCUGAUCUAACGAAUCUAAUCUAUGCUAAACUGAAUGACGUUACGAAUAACAGCGAUCGAGCUAGUAGCGUAGACGAGACGGUAACGAAUGCUGGCAGUAUAGGUGCCGCAGUUGAUCACGUUAUGAUGGGUAACUAUAGCGAUGUGCCGGUGGUCGGCGGACAGCAGGGCAUUUCCAUGAACGGAUCACUUAGUUCGAUUGUACAUAGUGAAGAAGAACUGACCGGCAGUUACAACUGGGACUACCUGCUCGAUUGGGGACCCCAGUACCAGCCGUUGGCACAUGUUUUCUCGGAAAUCGCACGCCUCAAGGACGAUACACUUUCGGUUCACAGUGGUAACAGUGGGACUUCUAGUGCCAAAAGUAAAAACUCGCUUCACCAUACGGUGAAAAAUGUUCCACCUCCCCUACUGACCAACGUUGCGCCCCGUUCCAUCAAUGUGCCGGUGUUCUCCGCCCGUGGAACCAGUAGCCACCAUGGUCAAGCUCCUAAUCAAUACCUUCUACCGCGAUCACCCAUCAGUCAUGACUCGGCAGCGGGCUUCAGCACCUCAUCAGCCAUGUCACCCAGUUUCUCGCCUUCUCUGUCACCUCUCGCAACACGGUCACCCUCCAUAUCACCUCAUGUAGUGUCUACCGGUGUUCCGACGUCUCACCAUAUGGUUUCACUGCCACGACCUCCUCAGCAGCGAGGCCAGCGAAAACCCUAUUGAAAAAUCGCACCUUUCCUAAUGGCGCCACCUGCUGUGAUCAUCGGCCUACUUUGCCCCCGUAUAAUUGGCAUGGCUGUUGUAUAGUUUUAGAAUGUAAAUAAACGCCACGUCGUUUCCGUAACAUUCCUCGGUUUGUAAAAAAAAAGAACGAACAGUGUACAGUUAUCAUGAUUAGACGAAUUUUUUAAUAACAACAAAUAGCGGAUAAGUUUUAACCUAUUCACCAGAAAGUGCCUUUCCAGUAAACAAAUGAAACCACUGUAAAUAGACGAUUUUAACGGAAUGACUAGAAAAGCUGUACAUUUUUUAAUAUGCAGUAUUUACUUGGUUCCAAAUAGGAUCUAGAAACCAGGCGAUUGAACAAAUGAACGAAUUUUUAACGAUUGCUUCUCUAUCAGAUAAGACUGUAAAUAUUUUCAACUGUUUAAAUGAGUCUAGUGCAUUUUUUAACAAAUGAAAAAAAUAUAUAUAUUAGGAUUUGUAGAACCGAACGAGAUUGAGUUGUAAAAUAGACAAAUGUCAGAUUUUCUCGAGAAAAAGACUGUAAAGAUUGUAGAGCUUUUCGUUUAAUGGAAAAAUAGAAUAUAUUUUAUCUAGUUUCAUGUUACUUUCCUGGAAAAAAAUGGAAACAAGCAGCAUUUAACCGAGAUUUAGAGAUCGAAGCCAACAGCAAAGUCUCGCUCUUCAAUCUUCUAGAGGACAGAAGUAAACUCGUUUUAGAACAUAUACUAGAAUCACAAUUGUUCAAAUUUUUCUGACUAUAUUUAUAUAUUUUUCUAUUGCAUAAAGGCCAUAUGUAAGCAGCGAAAGCGAUAAAAGUUUUGAAAAUAAAGUAU